ACCCCAUCCCCCAACUCUCGUUUUCCAUACUAUUUGGGAUGCUGCGAAUAUGGUCAGCGGAGGUCUGCAGCGCCGUAAAGUGGACCUAGACUUCUAUCUGCGCCGUGUGUUCCAUAAAAACUCUUUCAGACCACUGCAACGCGAUGUGAUCACGGCCGCUGUGGAAGGCCACGAUGUGUUUCUACAAGCCAAUACGUCGUUUGGAAAGAGCCUAUGCUUCCAACUCCCAGCAGUAACCAGCCAUGGAGUGACUGUUGUUAUCUGUCCACUGCUGGCGCUUAUGACAGAUCAGGUCAAGGCACUACAAGCCAUUGGAGUCGCAGUAGCAACCAUCAACUCCACGACGCCGAUCUCCGAAAGACGAGUCAUCCUGGACGACCUUCUCUCCGGCCAUCCGAGGACUCGCCUCCUGUAUGUGACGCCAGAGCUCUGCCAGACCGAGACCUUCCGGCGCAAUCUCCAGACGAUCCACUCCCAGGGGGAGCUGAUCCGCAUUGCCAUCGACGAAGCCCAUUGCAUCAGCGAAUGGGGCCACGACUUCCGCCCGGCCUACAAGGAACUCGGCUGGUUUCGACGUGCCCUGUCCAACCCGCCCGUCCCGAUCAGUGCUCUAACGGCGACGGCCACCCCGCGUGUCCGCGCCGACAUCAUCAAGCUCCUGGGCUUGGAUCCGCUCCGGCUCCGCAUCUUCAACACCCCCUCCGCCCGCCCCAACAUCCACUACGAGGUCCGGUACCUGGAUGACUUUGCGAGCGAUCCGACCGAGCCGGAAGACUUCCAAAUCCGGGACUUUGUGGCAUGGCUGCAGGCCGUACAGAACCGCCGGGAGGCGCGAUUGGGCGCGGAGGAGGCUGCGAAGCUACCCCCGGUGUCGGGGAUCAUCUACGUACCCCUCCGGGCUGUCUCGGACAAGCUCGCGAGCGCGCUCUCCCGAGCCUGGGACGGCCGCAUCCAUGCCGUAGCCUACCACGCCGGUCUCUCGUCGGAGGAGCGAACCCGCAUCCAGACCGAAUGGACAUCCACCCAGCCUGUUUCUCGAUCCCGCGACGACAACGACCGGGAAGCCGGGAAGCCGCCCCCGAGCCAGCCGGCCUUCUACAUCAUCGUCGCAACCACCGCCUUCGGCAUGGGCAUCGAUAGCCCGCACGUGCGGUUCGUCAUCCACUGGAGCCCCCCGCGCAGCUUUGAGGGCUUCGUCCAGGAAUCCGGGCGCGCCGGUCGCGACGGCCGGGCCGCCGCCUCGAUCGUCUACUACAAUACCCAGGAACGGGACCGAAUCCUCGACCGGCUGCAGCGCGACGUCGAGAAUGCCCGCAACCGCAGCGGCGGGCCGAUCGGCAGCGGCAACAACAAUACCACCAAAAGCAACCGAACCAACUCGACGGUCCAGAACCAGUUCGCCCGGCUGGCCAGCUUCCAGAAGGUCAUCGGCUACUGCGAGACCAUCGCCCGGUGCCGCCACGAGAUGAUCAAGGAUUUUUUCGGGGACCUCGAGCUCGAGAAGAUGGGCUCGCAGGCCCCCAGUUCGACCCAGACGAUGAACCCGACCGCCUCCCCUUGCGACUUUGCGUGCGACUUCUGCAAGGAGGGCUCGCAAGGGAUAGCGAGACGGAAGGCGAGAAUGGCGCCGGAAAGCCACGCGGACGACUUCGUCGAUAUGAACGUCCCCUGGUACAUGCAGAAGAUGUUCCCGGAGAUGUUCCCGGGGUAUCGAGAUUUGGGAGGCGAUCUCUAGAAACGCUCCCGACCACGUCGCCUAGGGAACAUAGCGUAAUCAUUACGCUGCCUUGGAGCUCUCUAGAAUCUGUUUAUUGCCAUAUCUAAUUGUUGAACGACGCAAGCCUCAAGCUUAUAUCCAGUAGAUCGGCAUGGAUGAGGAAUCAGUGACGAAUUCAUCUGUUGCGCUGCGCCUUGCGACACCGGAACUCCUCGAAUCACCUAAGGCACACACAGCGUGCGUAUGGUUCGCGUUCCUAAUUUAUCGGCCAUCACCAUGUCGAGAUGUUUAAG